AGAGAAAAGAAUAGUCGUAUGGCUGAAACAGAAACAAGGAAGAGGAAGAUGGGAGAGAGAAGAGAAGCUGAUUCCAAUUCCAGGACAGCAUCACCAAAGUGGCCAACAAUCAAACCAAAACAAAACAUUCAGAUAACCCGUCUCAAAGACAAUGAUCUUUUCACCGUACAUAAUUUCUUCACAUCUGCAGAAUCAAAGGCUUUUGUUAAGGUUGCAGAAUCUAUUGGGUUUGUUCACCAAGGAAGUCUUGGCCCAACAAAAGGUGAAGCUUUUAGAGACAAUGAUAGAAUGUCUGUGAACGAUCCUGUUCUUGCUGAUUCUAUAUGGAAUUCUGGGCUCAGCAAAUUGUUUUCUGACAUCAAAAUUCGAAGGGAGGUCGCUGUUGGCUUAAACCCAAAUAUCAGAUUCUACAGGUACAAGGUUGGUCAGCGAUUUGGGAGGCAUAUUGAUGAAAGUGUUGAUCUUGAAGAUGGAAAACGCACACAUUAUACUUUGUUGAUAUAUUUGAGUGGCGGUUUCAAACCGAAAGCAAAAAAUGAUGUGAGCAGUCAUCAGGAUUCAUCCUCAGAGCCUCUGGUUGGAGGAGAGACCGUCUUUUAUGGCUCAAGGAAUAGUGUUGUGGCUGAGGUGGCUCCCGUUGAAGGGAUGGCUCUUCUGCACAUUCAUGGGCACAAAUGUAUGCUGCAUGAAGCUCGAAAUGUUACUAAGGGUAUCAAUGGUCAUGAGUGCAGAUAUAAUUGCUGCAGGAGACCAGCGUGGGUGCUUAGCCUUCACAAUAGCUGCUGCUCCUGUUACGUGUGGGCAAGACAUUGACGUUCCAGAGUCUACUAGUAUUUGACUCUCCUGGUGUCCUAAUUGUAAACUGAAGCUUUUGCAACAGGUGACCAAGCCGCAAGGAUAUCAACACCUGUUGAACGAGGUCAGGCUGUUAAUUUUAUUUGAGAACCCAAACUUGUGAGAACAUAUAUGAAAGGAGUAAUGUAUAUGGCGAAACAAAGUGAUGAUUUUCAGUCCUAGCAAAUGCUGUUUACCUAUAGAAUAUCUGGCACCAUUAGGUUAGGUCCUCUGGAUGAAAAAGUGGGAACAUAUGAUGCGUGUAGAUCCUUCCACGUUUCAGUCACUAGAAUACUUGCCUCGGGUUUACUAUGUUUCAGUGGUACAAAUUAAGAAUGAGCACCAAUGUCAUGUUGCUAAAACUUUAUAAAAGGUCGAUUUUGUUGCUUAUUCACCUGGAGGUUUUAAUGUGUUUCAUUACUGUCGCAAUUGUUCUGGACUGAUGAGCGUUGUUGGAAGUGGAAAAGAGAAGGCAGGAUCAUCAACAGAUUGAAAAGGCAUGAUGAUACCCGCUCCGUCUGCAUCGAGAAUGCCCCAGCCCAUUUGAUCGAUAGUCACAGAGAACAAUUUUCCCCUUUACUUUGUGUUUAUUUUAGUCUCCAGCAUAGCAGUAUUUUGAUGCUUGUGCGUUGGAAUUAGCUCAAUAAUUUGUAGCAUCUCCUUCCCAAAUCAAUGGGAACAUGGCUCCGUAGACAUCUAUGUUAUUGAUAGCACUUCCCUUUGUAUCAUGAAGGAAACAGGAGCUUGUUAGCAUAAGAUUACAAAGGUCUUAGAGAUGAAACAUUCUUGGAUGAUUAUUUAUCUUGAAACUUACCAUGAAGACCUUUCCAUUUCCAAGAGCCAACUGCGACACAAACUCCUGUCAAUACUGCUGGCCACCACAGUCGAUAGCGAUGCGUUCGCGGCAGCAGUUAUGGUCAAUAUCCCUUUCUUUAAUGCAUGAAAAGCUCCAAUUGCCACUGGAUCCUCUGUUAAGCCGAAAGACGAUGACAUUCCGAAUGAAACAGAUAGACUCAGCAAUUGCAUAUCAAAAGCAGCUAGGAGAUCCGCAAGACUACAUCCCAUUGCCCAGCAAACUUUGUAUACAGCCAUCCUGGAAUGGGGGACUCCACCCCUUGCAACUCCUUCAGGCAAUCCAUAGAUGUUUGCUCCUGCAAUUUCUCUUCCUGCUGCAAUGGAGGCUGUGUGAGUGCCAUGUCCCACCGAGUCCCUCGGAGAUAUGAUCUCAGAAUGAUCGUAAAU